AUGCGUGCACGCCGUCACGAAGACAAUGCCGCGGCGUCGUCGGCUUCUGCAUCGACAAGCACGUCUCCUCGCAAAAAAGGCAGCGGCGGCGGCACAAACUCGUCGAGAAGAGGUGGUUGUAAAAUGGAAAAGUACGACCACUUUUACACGGUAAAAGCAUCCUUCCAGUUCCACAGUCUCACUAACAUGUUUUCAGAACUUCGAACGACCGCCAAUGGCUCCUGUAUUUCAUCCGACACCCGAAGAGUUUGCCGAUCCCAUCGAGUAUGUGGCGAAAAUCCGGCCCGAAGCGGAAAAGUACGGAGUCAUCAAAAUUGUCCCGCCACCUGUAAGUUAUUCUAUUAACUAAGGUCCGUUAAAAAUUCUUUAUUUUAGGACUUCAAACCUCCAUUCGCAAUCAACAAAGAAACGUUCACUUUCCGUCCGCGAACGCAGAAGUUGAACGAAGUGGAAGCGAUUGUGAAGGAGAAGCACACGUUCGUGGACAGACUGGUCAAUUUCAAUCGGUACAGCGGAGUGACUUUCGAAUUUCCGGUUGACAGAGACGGGGCGGUUCUCGAUUUGCAUCGCCUACACAGAGUAAGCAGGCGAACUGUUCCAGAUGUUUCUUAUUUGUCUGUUUUACAGAUCAUUCAAAACUUCGGAGGCUGCGAAGAAGUAAACGAAGAGGAGAAGUGGCGGGACGUGGCACGAGAAUAUCUGCCUCCCGAGCAAAUGACUCGCGGAGUUCCCUCUUCUUUCAUAAAUCUCAUUCGCUCGCAUUACAACCUCUACGUGGAACCAUUCAAUCGCAAUCUUAAAGAGAAGGCCAAAAGGGACGACGAGAGUGAUGAUGAGCUCGAAGAGCUGAAGCACAAGUGAGAAGAGAGCAGAAGGGAUAAUUGUUCACGUUAUCCUAUUUCAGAUACCAGCAUCAUCAUGGCACAAUGCGAAGUGAUUUGGAAGAAGAAGGCGACCGGGAGGACAUCGAAUGGACGCCGGAGGACUGUCCGAUGUCAAUGCAAGGUGGAAGGAGAAGGAAGAACAAGAAGGCUCCAACGACGUCAAAAACAACGACGACAAAACGGACAUCUGGAGGAUCAAGCACGUCUUCAAAGAAGAGUAUAUCACCAAAAAACAAAAAUAGUAAGAACGAAAUAACCAGUUAAUUGGAUGAAUACUUGAGUUUUUAGAAAAAGCAAAAAAGGAAGAAAUAGAAGAGGAGGAGGAGGAAGAAGAAGACGAAGAUCCGAUGGACCAAGUAUUCUGUAUCUCGUGUCGCCUGGGGAAAGACGAAGAGCUUCUGCUUCUGUGUGACAUUGAAGGAUGCAACAACGGAAGACACACUUACUGCUGUGAUCCAGUGCUUGACGAGGUUCCCGUCGGCGAGUGGAGAUGUCCGAAAUGCAUCGAAUCGGAGGACGCGAAAAUCGGAUUGGACUGGGGAUUCUAUGACGCGGACACCGAGUACAAUCUGAAUUCGUUCUCGGAAUUCGCAAACAAAUGGAAAUGCGAAUACUUCGGAGUGGACGAUCCGUCGAAAGUCUCUUGUGAUCGAGUUGAAAAAGAGUUCUGGAAGAAUGUGGUCAAUUCGGACAAGGCAGUCGCCGUCAAGUACGGUGCCGAUCUGAUCACUAGUCGAGUUGGGAGUGGAUUCCCGAGAAAAGAAGACAGGCACAGCGGAUCGGAUUGCAAACUGAAGCAGCAGUACGCAAAUCACGCAUGGAACCUGAACAAUAUGCCCGUCCUCCGGGAAUCCGUUCUCUCCCAUUUCAACACGGGAAUCUCUGGAAUGAUGGUUCCGUGGGUGUACGUCGGAAUGUGCAUGUCCACUUUCUGCUGGCACACUGAGGAUCAUUGGACGUAUUCCGUCAACUACAAUCAUUUUGGAGAACGGAAGAUUUGGUACGGAGUGGGCGGCGAUGACGCUGAAAAAUUCGAGGACGCUCUCCGGAAGUUGGCACCAGGACUGACUGCAAGACAGAGAGAUAUCUUCCACCACAUGACGACCGCUGCCAAUCCGGGCCUUCUGCGUUCCCUGGGAGUUCCCAUUUACUCCGUUCACCAGAACGCUGGCGAGUUCGUCAUCACUUUCCCUCGCGCGUACCAUGCCGGUUUCAAUGAGGGACUCAAUUUUGCCGAAGCCGUCAACUUUGCCCCAAUCGACUGGCUUGGAAAAGGUCGGAAAUGCGUCGAAUCGUAUUCUUCUGUCAGAAGGUAUCUCGUAUUUUCCCACGAUGAACUUGUCUUCAAAAUGGCUGAAUCCAUGGACAAACUGGGACUUUCAAUGAGUCUCGCUACUCACGAAGAAGUGAUCUUGAUAACUGAAAAACAGAAGAGACUGAGGGCGAUGGCGGCCAGUCUCGGUGUGCAUUCAAUGGAGCAGGUGAUAUUCGAGAAGAUACCGGAUGAGCAAAGGUCGUGCCGCUUCUGCAAAACCACUUUGUUUAUGUCGGCGAUGACUUGUGAACAUAAACGAAUGAGCUGCGUGGAACAUCACGAUCAUCUCUGCAAAAUAUGCGCUCCCAAAGCUUACAAGUUCCAGUAUCGCUACGAAAUUGAUUAUCUGGAGCAUUUGUGCGAAGAGCUCAGCAAACGAACUGUCGACUACAGUGGGUGGAAGGAAGAGUCGGAGGAGAUGCUGGAGACGGAAGAGAAGCCGGGGCUGGAUAAAAUAGAGCAGUUCAUUGACGUGGCACGACAGAACAAGUACCCACAGACGGACCAGGUGCACAAGCUGAUCACAAUACGACAAUCUGCCAAAACGGCCAUCGAGAGAGCUAAUCAGUUGUUGUUCAAGAAAGUGAGGACUCGCACCAAGACGAGAUGCCAACGGGCGGACACUCGAACGGACGCUGAAGGGGUUCGACUUUUGAUCCAGCAGAUGCAAGCUAUGGACUGCAAUCUGGCGUGCAUAAUAGAGAAGUUGCAAAAGUGGAUGGCUCAGGUAGAAAUCUGGAGGGCCAAGGCCAGAGAGUUUGUGGCGCAAGAAGCUUCACACACGAAAGAAGAGAUAGGAUCGGUGAUCGAGGAAGGAGAUGAGUUCGACAUCAAGAUGCCGGAGAUUGACGAACUGAAGAAAGUGGUACAAAUGAAGGAAUGGGUGGUGAAAGCGAAGGAAGUUACGACGUGGACCUCCACUCCUGAUAUGGAGAGGGAAGCGGACUUCGAGUACAGAUACAGAUGGACGUCCAGCGACAUUCUCUCGUGAGUGAUGUCGUCUUCAUAACCCUUCAAUCCUUUAUUUCUAUUCAGAUUGAUCCGAGACGGCUCCCGUACGCCAACUGAUGCAACUGCUCAAUUAACAGCUAGACUUCAAAUCAUGCUCCGUGAAGCGAACCUCCGAGAAUCGGAAGCUGCCGAGUUUUGCAAAAAACCAAGCCUCGAUUCACUAGACACCACCUGGAAAAAAGUGAGAGAGUCCGAUUGGUUUUCAGACGAAUGUGAGUUCAAGUUUGUGUAUUUUCCAUCUUUUCAGUCUCGUUUUCAGAUAUUGACGCCCUCCGAUACGAAAAAGCCGUCGUGAUGAGAGUGAAAGCGCUAAUUGACAAUGCGGUUCCUAAUCUUUCCAGAGUUGACCUCAAGUCUCAAAUGCAACAAUUGACUGACAGUGAAAUCACUCUGGCAAAGACCCAAGAAAUCUGUAAAGCGUGCGAGCAGUCGAAGUGUCUGAAUGGCUCACCUGCACAUCAGGGGCUGGCCGAGCUCUCAAAGAAAACGAUCGCGUUCACUGAAAAAAUGGGAAGACUUUUCAAGCCGACAAAUGCCUAUCACAAUCUAUUCCAAGUGAGUCAUCAAUUGAAAGUCUAUGAUUAAAACAGUCCCCUUGUAGAUUCUAUCAGAACGCGACGAUCUAACUCCUCUGGCAGAAGGCCAGAUCAUCCCAUUGUAUUAUCAGGGCGGAGUCGUCCCCCCACAUGACGAAUGGCAUCAGAUGUCCGAGUUCGAGUCCCUGGAGCAAAUGCUCCAUCAUCAGACGUCACUGCGUGAAAUGCAGAUGCGAAUAUUCGAAAAGGUUCAGGCGACGAACUUGACACGCGGACCGGAGGCUUGCUCGUGCCUCGGAGCCGCGAAAGUCGAGCCGUCCGAGCCCGUGCUCUCCUGCAUGCUCUGCCAUGCUCAGUUCCACGUCCGUUGUUCCGCAUGGUCUUCCUUCCUCGGUCGCCUUCCGCAAGGCGCUUUCCUGUGCGUCCGGUGUCUCCGCGGACGUCGACCAGUGAUUGACGACGUGACUGCCGCAUUGAAUGGUGCGCCUUCAGGAUGCCUCGAGAUCAGUCUCGUCAGAAAUCUCAUCCAGAAGGCUAGAAACAUAACACAGAAUCUUUUGGAUGGAGCGAACAAACGACAGGCGGGAGAAGCCGGAGGGGAAGAGAUGUGCAAGCAGGCACUGUCCGAGUGGCUCUCGUGUGAAGUUCUCAAUAUGAAUGGACUUCCAAAGGCAGUAGAACUCAUUUCCGAGUUCUACGCGGAUCAUCUCCAGAAGCAAAUCAGGUACUAGUCAAUCAUCUCUUUUCAUUUUCAUAGUCUGAUUUUCAGUGCCUCCGUAGCUCUCCAACGUCGUCCAGUCAGUUCGAAACCGUCCGCUGCUUUAUUUGAUCCAAAAUCUAACACAAAACGAAAAAGACCGACGACUUCAAAAGAAUCCGCGGCGAAGAAAGCAAAGAAGCGAAUGAGCCAGGCUUCACCGACCGAAUACUUCGAAGAAGAUUCUGAAUCCAAGUUGUGCCAAGCACGAAACUGUCUCAAACCAUACGGCGAUUCGGUGAAUUGGGUGAUGUGCGAGGCUGGCUGCAAGAACUGGUACCAUGUGAUAUGCGUUGGAUUCACUCUAAAAGGUAUCCGAAUCCCUCCGAUCCCUCCGUUCAUCUUUUCUUUCCAGAGAUCAACAGCAUGCACGAGUUCCGGUGCAGUUCCUGCCUUGACCAUGCCGAUUCGCCGUCUUCCAGUGUCUCAUACGACUGA